AUUCGAUUUUAACCAAACCAUAAAAUUUGCCAAUUAGCAAAAUUAACCCUUUUCCAUUUUUUUUAAAAAAGAAAAAGAGAAAGAGAGAACCUUCGGCUCGUGUUCACAGAUCACAGGGACAUGGCAAAAUCAAAAUCGAUCUAGCUCAAAAAUUUCAAUUCACUGAUCUCCAUUUCUGCAACGGAAAUCGAUCUAGCUCACUUUUGAUAAGAUUCGAUCGAAGGAGGUCAUACGAUUUGUUUGGGGUGACAAGCUUGGUAUUACGACAAGUGUACUCAUAAAUGGGAGUAGACCUUGAUGUAGCUGACGGCGGGAUCGUUAGACCUGGUGCUCCUUGUAUUUACUGAUGACUGUUACAGCCCUCGCUAGUGGGAAGAGAACGCAGGUGACGGUGAGAAUUUCGUUAGCUAGGGAUCUCGAGUUGGUGUUAAAGAUGUCUUCAGCUCAAGAUCCCUUUUAUAUCGUCAAGGAGGAAAUUCAAGAAUCUAUUGACAAUCUCUUGUCCACAUUUCAUCAAUGGGAGCAAACUCCUACAGAUAGUAGCGAGCAAGCACGUCUUACCAAAGAACUUCUUGCUGCAUGUGAGAGCAUUGAGUGGCAGGUGGAUGAAUUGGACAAAACAAUUGAUGUUGCAUCAAGAGAUCCUUCUUGGUAUGGUAUUAAUGAUAUUGAGCUUGGUAAAAGAAGAAGAUGGACCAGCAACGCCCGUGCUCAAGUGGGAAGCAUGAAGAAAUCUGUAGUAGCUGGAAAGCAGUCAAAUGGGACAAGUACAUCUAAUCUUGGUGGGAUGCGGCGAGAACUGUUGAGGUUGCCAGAUUCUGAUCAGAAAGAGAGAUCCAAUGCAUACAAUGCCCGAGAUAAUGAUGACUUCAUAUCAUCAGAAUCAGAUAGGCAGUUACUUCUUAUGAGGCAACAGGAUGAAGAGCUAGACGAACUUAGUGCCAGCGUAGUCAGAAUUGGAGAUGUUGGGCUUACAAUACAUGAUGAACUUAUUGCACAUGACAAGAUCUUAGGUGAGCUGGACACAGAGAUGGACAGUACAUCCAAUCGUCUUGAUUUCGUUCAGAAAAAGAUAGCCAUGGUAAUGAAGAAGACGAGCCUCAAAGGACAGAUGAUGAUGAUUUGUUUUCUGAUAGUGUUGUUUAUUGUUCUUUUCGUUCUGGUUUUCUUGACCUAGUUAGCAUAACUUUGGUUCUCAUAAUUUUGGUUUGGUUCAAUCGUUCUGUUUUUGUCGAGGCAGUUUAUGUACGUAUUGGUUAUGGAAGAAACUGGCAUAUAUUCAGCAUUUACAUAAAUGAAUUGGAAAACUUUGCAUUGACA